AGCUGCUAAUUGUUUCCAAAACAUUUGUUCGGUUCACCAAACAAACGCGAUAAGGUGAAACGAUUCUUGAUCGUUAUGAGGUUGUUGGAAGUGAUGACAAUAUUUUUACACUUGUCAAGUGUGCAUUCAAAGAAGAAGUACAAAGUGAGAUCAUCGGAGAGUAUAGAGAAUAUUUUGUACUAUCAGGACUGUAACCACAAGAAAUCAACAGAGGCUCCUGUAAUGCUUCGGGGUGCCCCACAGCAGCAAGAAUGCAAGAUGUGCUGCACUAUGUGCUGCGGAGACCAGUGUGUCAAUACCAAUCAACUACCGAUGGGUAGGCAAGCGCAGAGUGUGAAUAUAGAGCCCAAGGUACAACCGAUACUACCCACUAUGCAGCCACGAGGAAGAAGAAACAAAAUUAAGCCAUUACUAAAAGAGAUGCCUCAACCGAAAAGACGUGGCUUGAGCUUCACCAGAGAGAAUAUAAAGAGUCUUAUAUCCAAUGAUGAUGACAUCAGAAAGAUUUUGAAAGAUCUGGUGCGAGUGACGAUGCAGAAGGUGGAUCUUAUGGAACUGAUAAAUUCUAGGAGGAAGAUGGAUAAUGAUCCUGAACCGAAACCGGAUUCAGAGGAUUCUGAAAAUGAUUUGUGAUUAGAAUUACAUUGUGACAUGGUGAUUUUAAAA